GCUAACAUGGUGAAACCCCGUCUCUACUAAAAAUACAAAAAUUAGCCGGGCGUGGUGGUGGGCGCCAGUGGGAGCAACAUGUGCAAAGGCCAUGUGGCAGGAUGCAGCAGGGCACAUUGAGAGAAGCUGGAGUGCAGAGUGAACACCUGCAAGAUAAGGCUUUCAAGGAGAUUAGUUUUAAGUAAAAACUUCAUUCUUUAUAUAUGCUGUAUACAAACUGUGAAAUCAAUAAUUAUUUUUAUAUUGACUUCUGUGUAUCAUUAUAUUGACUUCCGUAUAUCUAUUUUAAGACAAUAAACUUUGUUUUCAGAUAUUCAAAAGAUUUGAAGAUUUCUUCAAGUUCCUUUUUCCCAUUUGGUCCUUUAAUCCCCUAACUAGGAAUCCACUGAUUAUCCAACUGCUUGAGUAUAACUACCCCAGUGGCAAAGUCCUCCCUUUCUUCUUUGGAACCAGCUUUACUUCCAGAUGCUUUUAAGUAAUGGAGAAUUCUUUCUUAUGUGAAGCCAAAAUUCUGGAUUUUACUCAUUGAUACUAGUUCUCAGUGGCAAAACUGAACAAGUUCAGUUUGUUUAUAGACUCUUUUACUUAUUGAAGAUUACUUAUAUAUAGCUAUAAGUCUCUUUUUCACAAAGAGUUUUUCCCCCAAUGUUAAACAAAUUUCAGGUACACACACACACACACACACACACAGAAUGAAACACCCUCCCUCCCCUACUCUGCAUGUACCAGUUGCCUGGCUUCAGUAAUUGUCAACCUAUGGUUUUGAUUGAUGGAUACUUAAUGAAUACCAUUUUUGCCCUAGGACUUGCUGGAUAUAUAGAAAGGGACCUGACGCAGUUUCUGGUCUUAAGGAGCUCUCAUUCCAGAGGGGAAGAAAAAAAAAAUGAUGUCUGAGAGCAUCAGAAAAGAACCUGCUAUGGUCAGGAAAGAUCCUAAGGAAUAUUAAUCCUGCAAGUGGCAUCACAUGUGAAUGGUAUUUCUCACCUGCCCUAUCAUCAGAUGACCAUCUAAUUUACUGGUAUCUCUGCAUUAGCCAGAUUGGACAUAUGUAAAGGGACAUCAGUAUAUCUGGAUAAUCAGGUUGUGCUUCAAGAAGACCAUAGGGAAGAACGCAUUUUCAUCUUGCUGCAAAAGUUGCAAUAGAACCUCCCACAUGCUUAGUGUUCAGUUCUGCCUACUGAGCGUCUUGAAUCUACAGCAGCACCUACAUGUACUGCCUCCACAGUGGCUGCUGAUAAUUUGCAGAUAACUUGUGAACCAGGCCUUUACUUUCUAGAAAUUUCCAUCAUUUGAAGGAUUAAUGGCUACCACUUGUUGAACCUAGAGGGUGUCUGUGAACUUGUUGAACACUGCCUUAUUAGAACAGAAGUCUCCAGUGAACCAUGAACUCUGCAUAGCUGGGACUCUGAGCUUACCUCUUACUCACAAAACCUGCAGGGCUCUCAAAUUCAUGUUUAAAAUGCAAGCUACUGACAAGGAAUGGGAUCUGAAGGUUUGAACGGGCCAAUGAGUAUCCUCAUCAUUGAAGCAUUCUAUGGAGGCUCCCAUAAACAGCUGGUGGAUCUUCUCCAAGAAGAGUUAGGAGACUGUGUCCUUUAUACUCUUCCUGCAAAGAAAUGGCAUUGGAGAGCCCGGACAUCUGCUUUAUACUUCUCUCAGACCAUUCCCAUCAGUGAGCAUUACAGGACCCUCUUUGCAAGUUCAGUGCUUAACCUGACCGAACUGGCUGCCCUUCGGCCUGACCUUGGGAAACUGAAAACGAUUCUGUAUUUUCACGAGAACCAGUUGAUAUAUCCUGUCAAGAAAUGUCAGGAGAGGGAUUUCCAGUAUGGAUACAACCAAAUUCUUUCAUGCCUGGUGGCUGAUGUGGUUGUAUUCAACUCAGUUUUUAAUAUGGAAUCAUUUCUCACUUCCAUUGGAAAAUUUAUGAAGCUGAUUCCUGAUCACAGACCCAAGGAUCUGGAAAGCAUCAUCAGACCCAAGUGCCAAGUUAUUUACUUUCCCAUCAGGUUUCCUGAUGUGAGCAGGACCUUUUCUCUUCUCAUUAGCACCUCCACCAGAGUUGGAACUGGGAAAGAGAAAGGAAGUGUUCAGACAUGUGCCUAUUUGCAUAGUCACGUUAUUGAGUUAAUGCCAGGACAGCACAAACAUUCUGUCCAGUUCUAUAGAAAAGCCAGUUUCACCCCAUCAGUAAGAUUCAUGCCCAAGCACAAAACAACCCAUUUAAAGAAGAUGCUCAGCCUUAAAGGAAAUGGCGGUACGGUUCUGUCCAUGGCCCUUCCUUUUCAGCCAGAGCAGAGAGAUUUGGAGGGUUUAUUGAAGAAUUCUAAUUCAGAGUGUGAUGCACACUGUGACCUUGAUACUGCACGACGAGAAUACUUGGGUAACUCAUUAAGACAGGAGUCAGACUUGAAAAAGUCCACCUCACCAGAGAAUUCAAGCUCUCAUCGUGGUGAAAAUAAACAAAAUCUGACUGUUAAUCCCUGUGCCACUUUGGGUGGAGAUGCUAAUCAGCAAAGACUGCUGCACAUUGUCUGGCCUCACAGGUGGGAGCAUGAUAAAGAUCCAGAAAGCUUUUUUAAGGUAUUAAUGCAUCUUAAAGACUUAGGACUCAAUUUCCACGUGUCUAUCCUUGGAGAAACCUUCACAGAUGUCCCAGGAUCACUCCCAGGCAUGCCAUCCCUGGGCUUAAAGUCUACUCCUGCAGCUUCUGUAAGUGGAAUAAUAUUUUCUACUGAAACCAGAAGAUUCAUUGCAACUCUUAAGGCAAGAUCAUCUAUCCAUCCUACCAGGGAAGACCAUGAGGAUAAUGAGUUCUGGAAUACAGCUCCCAAAACAUCUCUCAAGAAAUUGUUCUCCAAAAUUAUAAGUUCAGGAGGUUACAUGUGCAGAUUUGUUACAAAGAUGUUUUUUCAGAGGCCAAAAAGGCAUUGGGAUCUUCUGUCUUACACUGGGGCUACUUACCCAGCAAAGAUGACUAUUUCCAAGUACUGUGCAUGGCUGAUGUUGUCAUCUCAACAGCUAAGCAUGAAUUCUUUGGAGUGGCAAUGUUGGAAGCUGUGUACUGUGGGUGUUACCCACUUUGUCCUAAAGAUUUGGUUUAUCCCGAAAUAUUUCCAGCUGAAUAUCUGUAUUCUACACCUGAACAGCUUUCAAAAAGGCUCCAGAAUUUCUGCAAGAGACCAGAUAUUGUAAGAAAACAUCUCUAUAAGGAAAAGGAGAUUAGGACACCCAGAGAAAAGACCAUGUGAAGACACAGAGAGAAGACAGCUAUUCAAGAGGAGAAAGGCCUCAGAAGACAUCAGCCCUGCCAACACCUUGAUUUUGGACUUCUAGCUUCCAGAACUGUAAGAAAAUCAAUUUGUUGUCUAAGGCACCCAGUCUGUAGUAUUUUGUUAAGGAAACUCUCAGAAACUAAUAAACACAGUAUGCCCGGGUCUAAGUAUGGUGCCCAUACGUAGUAGAAAGUGAAUUGACCAGAUUUAGAUAUCAGGAAGAUUUCUGUGGCUGCAACAGAAAUGGAUUGGAAAGAAGGAGCAGGAAGAGGUUGUCACAGUAGUCCAGGGGAACAUGAUGGUGUCUUAGACCAAAGUGGGGCAGUGGAGAUGGAGACACGUGGAUUGGUUGAAGAUAGAUACGUUCAGUAGAUAAAUCAACCAUGCUUGGUGAUUGGUUAGACAAGGAAGGUGAAGAAGCCAUCAAGAUGACAUUCUGGUUUGUAAAACAGGAAACAUGGAGUAGAACCAGAUUUGGGAAGAGGCUCAUCAGUGUGGUUUGGGACAAACUGUGUUUGAAGCAACUUCCAGUCAUAGGAUUAUAGUGGUCUAGAUACCCUGAAUAUUCUCCCACUACAAAUGCUAGAAUGCUAGAUACAAUAAAAUAAAUAAUCUUAAUAGCUGAGUUUGGAAGAAAGAGAAAUCAUCAGGGUUGCCAAAAGGAAGAGAGAACUGAGAACCUGAACAGCGAUUGCAUAAGCUCACAUGGCAGGAGUAUGGCUGGCAUGGGCUAGGGAGGUUGUUAUGGUCUCAGAAACCUAGAGGUUUUCAUUUUCAUACUCACAGAGACAGAAGACAAGGCCUUGGAAAUUCUGGAGGGAGGUGGGGUAGAGUGUUAAGCCUGAACCCCUUGUGUAAAUCCAGGAUCAUUUAAGGACUAUACCUUCAGUGAAUUGGUAAGACUAAAAUAAUAUAUACACAAGCCAAAGAGAAAACAAGGAAGCUUAUCUAUCUAGGUCUGGGUAGACAGUGGAAAAUAAGCCUCCCCAGAUAAUUUGUAAUCACAGACAUAUACCUCCUAUGAGCUCAGUGUCCAGAUUUCAUGCCCUGAAAAAUCUCAUGUUCACAUGUCAACAUUUUGCCAGCAGAAGCAAAUGAAGAACAAAUCUGGUGUGAUAAAACAUCAUACCAGGCCACACAUGAUUCCUCCAGAUGAAGCCUAUUAAAGAUGAGCUCACCAUUCAAAAUUACAAAACACACAGGGAAAAAAUCCACCUUGAGAGACUUAGAAAAGAGUAAAAACAGCAGAAUCAUACCCCAAGGAAUUUCAGAUAAUAGAACUACCAAAGGUGGAUUAUAAGAUACCUAAAGUUUAAAAUGAUUAAAACUGAAGAGAAAUAAAAUGUAUUAAAAAAAUAAGAUGCAGAUAGAUUUUAAAAAGAAUCAAUUAGAAAUUCUAGAAAUGUAAAAUAAAGCUUUUGAAGUACAUUAAAUGGUUUUAAGGGCAUAUUAGAUACAGCUUAGAGGAAAUUCAUAAACUAGAAAAUAAAUCUAAGAUUAUAAAGACAUACAUAUAUGAAGACAUAUAUAUAUACACACACACACUAUAUGUGUAUAUAAGGCAUCUAGUCUAUCCAAUGUGUAUAUAAAUUUCUUUCUAAAUACAUACAUACACAAAUAUAUACAUAAAUGUUAGAAUAAAGAAAUUUAUUUGAAUAGGAAUUUCAUAAAGACUCUGUAGAGGGAAUUAGAGAAACUUUGCAUAUCAAAGCAGAUUACCACGAAUGAAUAAUAAUAAGAUUGACAAGAGACUUCUUAAUAGCAACACAAUAGAAAAAAUAAAAUAACAUCUGCAAAAUGUUGAGAGAAAGUAGCUACCAGUCAGCAGUUCUGUAUCUAUAUAUAUUUUAUAUCCUAUGCCUGUGUUAUUCAGGAAUUAGUUCCAAUACAAAUAUUUAUUUCCAGAUAAUAAAUGAGAAGCUAUGAUUCAUAGAACUUUGUUGAAAACCAAGUCAGAAUGUUCUUCAAUAGAAAGAAAUUGAAUCCAGAAAAGAACAAUGUAAAAGAAGCAAUAGUGACAAAAUAAAAUAGCAAAUAUUUAGGUAAAUCUAAGCAAUAUUUCUGAAUAAAAACAAAAUGGAACAUUUUUUAACUUUACAGUAGUUAUUUCUGAGGGGAGGAAGGCAAAACUGGUCAGAUCAACCCUAUGAGUAAUGUUUUAUUUCUUAAGUUGAAGGGUAAACAGAGGCUAUGAUGAUUUCUUUUUGUCUUAAAUAUGCCAUAAGAAAUUUAGAAAUAAAUAAAUGACAUAUAUUUUUUUUAAGUUCAGUGGAUACAAAGGUCUGAAAGAUAGUAACAUUUAAGAUUGGUAGGGAAUAAUCAGACUUUAAGUGUCCUUAUAUUCUUGUGUUGUUUAGAUGAAGGGUAGAUAUAUUAAUUAACUCUAAGCCUUACAAAGCUAGGGUAGAAGAACAGAAAUAAAAUAUGUUAUUUCCAAACAAGAAGAAGUUAAGAAAAAAACUUGAUUGGCCCCCAAAUGAACAAGAAAGCAGGAAAACAUAAGGGCAGCAAGUAGAAACACAAAAUAUAAUGGUGGAGACAAGUCCAAAUACACAAAGCAUUACAAUAAAACACUCUAAUGUUGCCAGCUAAAACAGACAUUGAAAUAUUGAAUUUUAAAAAUUCAGGUGAAUGAUAUUUACUAAAGACACAUCCAAACCUUAAAGGCAUAGAAAGAUUGGAAGUAAAACUCUAGGAAAAGAAAAACUAGCAAGUACUACUUGGGAAAGGAAAGUCUUAUAUUAAUAUUAGAAAAAUAGUCUUUAAGGCAAAAACCAUUACUGAAGCAUUGUUAAGAAUAACAGUGCCCAGUGCAUAAUUGAGAAAAGAAUAAGUCACCUGAGCCGGGCGGGGUGGCUCACGCCUGUAAUCCCA